AUGUUAAAGGGAUUUGCUGAUUUGAAUGCAUUGUUUGAGUCUUUUGGAGCAUUCUGGAGCAUAUGGGACAUGAGGAGCAUGGAGGGACUUGGCACAUGGAGCAGCUCAACUGGAUACGCAAAGGAAGAAGGGAGAAGCCAUCUUGAAGACCAGCUCGACCGUCUACUCGACCAACCGGUCGAGUUCCUCAACUCGACCGGCCAAGCUUCAACUCGAUCGAGCUGA